AUGGCCAUCUCUUUCAUGGAUAAACAUAUGUUGCCUCUCUUCUUCUUCUUCUUUUUCCUUCUACUUCCUCCCACCGCUUAUUCAGUUUCUUUCCAAAUAACCCGAUUUGAACCCACUGACACCGACAUACAAUAUCUGGGUGAUGCUGUACCUUCUGUUGGAGCCAUUGAAAUGAUCAACAAAUAUGGAUAUGUAUGCCGAGUUGGUUGGGCCAUCUAUGCUAAGAGGGUGCCGCUUUGGGACUCUCAUACGAGAAAGCUCACCAACUUUACUACACAUUUCUCCUUCACUAUCAACACCCAAGGCUUGCCCCAUUACGCUAGUGGGCUGGCAUUCUUCUUGGCUCCUGCUGGGUUUGAAAUCCCGCCAAAUUCAUCUGUUGAGUUUGACUCAUUCUCGAACCCUGAAUGGGAUCCUCCUGUUGAGCAUGUAGGGAUUAACACCAACUCAAUUGCUUCCGCAAUUUACACCCCAUGGAAUGCCAGCUUGCACAGCGGAGACACUAUUGAUGUAUGGAUCACCUACAAUGCUUCUACCAAGAAUUUGAGUGUUUCUUGGAAAUACCAAAAAACCUCUAAUACUUGGGAGAAUACCAGUCUUUUUUAUGAAAUUGAUCUCAGUGAAAUUCUUUCUGAAUGGGUCACGGUUGGAUUUUCAGCUGCUACAAGUCACUCUGGAGAGCGAGUUCAGAUUCAAUCAUGGGAAUUCAGUUCAAGUUUAGACAUUAAGGAAACAAAUGGAAAGAAUGAGAAAAAGAAGAGAUUGGUGGUUGGUUUAACAGUUUCAGUUGGUGUUUUGAUUGCAGGGGCAAUUACAACGUUUGUAAUAUUGUGGACAUGGAAGGGAAAGAAGAAGGAAGCAACAGAGACAGUGAAAUUAACAUCGAUAAACGAUGACCUCGAAAGAGGAGCAGGACCAAGAAGGUUUUCAUAUAACGAGCUUGCUUCAGCUACCUACAACUUCUCAAAUGAGAGGAAGUUGGGUGAAGGAGGGUUCGGCGCAGUUUACAAGGGGUAUUUAACUGAUUUAGACAUUCCGAUCGCUGUGAAAAAAAUCUCAAAAGGGUCUAAACAGGGAAAGAAAGAAUAUAUCACCGAAGUGAAAAUCAUUAGCCGACUGAGGCAUCGAAAUCUUGUGCAACUCAUAGGAUGGUGUCAUGACAGAGGUGAGUUCCUACUUGUCUACGUAUUUAUGCCAAAUGGUAGCCUUGAUGCUCACCUCUUUGGCAAGAGGAAUCCUCUCCCUUGGGCUGUGAGAUACAAGAUAUCUCUUGGGUUGGCCUCUGCAUUGCUCUAUCUUCACGAAGAGUGGGAGCAAUGUGUGGUGCACCGGGAUAUCAAAUCGAGCAAUGUCAUGCUAGACUCUACUUUCGGUGUCAAGCUUGGUGACUUCGGGUUAGCUCGGCUUAUGAAUCAUGAGCUAGGUAAGGCUAGUAAAGAGUCCGACGUGUGUAGCUUUGGGGUGGUUGCAUUAGAAAUUGGUACUGGAAGAAGGUCAACUGAUCAUAUGGAAAAUGAUUCUGACAUAGGGUUGGUCCAGUGGGUGUGGAAUCUUUAUGGGAGAGGAGAUAUUCUUUUGGCAGUAGAUGGGAUGCUGCAAAAUAAUUUUGAUGAAAAACAAGUCGAGUGCUUGAUGAUUGUUGGGCUUUGGUGUGCUCACCCUGAUAGAAGUCUUAGGCCCUCCAUUAGGCAAGCAAUUCAUGUUCUUAAUUUUGAUGCAACAACACCAAAUCUUCCAACACAGAUGCCUAUUCCCAUGUAUCAUGUACCUACACUGGCAGUCAAUUCCGGUGAACCUUCCAUAACUACAAGCCUUCAAUAUGGUCGUUAA